AUGAUCAGCUUUCAAAAGUUCAACUCAGUGACUCACCGACAACAAUUCAACAUUAAGUUUGAAGUCCCAUUCAAGCUGGAAGAUCCAACUUAUGAGAUGUUCGAGUGCUUGCUCCUGGGGAAGACUAAAGAGCUGAAUAUUGGGCAUGGAGCUGUCGAGUACAUAACUGUUAGACCGCUAAUCAUGCCUGGAAUCGUAAAGGUUGAGCCCCAUGUGCAGGAUGCAGUUCCCACGGUGGACGUCUUGCACUCGGAGGUACCCAGUCUGGUGGAAAUGGCGGUGAUUACUUCCACGUAUUCACCUACUAUCAUUGCCGAAGCAAAUGAGAACAUGCUCAUUUCUCGCGAGGAGACGUUCGGCGGAAUCGAGAAGUCAGGAUAUGAAACGAAUCAUCACCAAGUCUGCGACUUUGACUAUUGA